AUGGAGAUAAUCAGGAGCAAUUUUAAGAGUAAUCUCCACAAAGUGUACCAGGCCAUAGAGGAGGCCGACUUCUUCGCCAUCGAUGGGGAGUUUUCAGGAAUCAGUGAUGGACCUUCAGUCACCGCAUUAACAAAUGGUUUUGACACUCCAGAAGAAAGGUAUCAGAAGCUUAAAAAGCAUUCCAUGGACUUUUUGCUGUUUCAGUUUGGCCUUUGCACUUUUAAGUAUGACUACACAGAUUCAAAGUAUAUAACAAAGUCUUUUAACUUCUAUGUUUUCCCGAAACCCUUCAAUAGAUCCUCACCAGAUGUCAAAUUUGUUUGUCAGAGCUCAAGCAUUGACUUUCUAGCAAGCCAAGGAUUUGAUUUUAAUAAAGUUUUUCGCAACGGAAUUCCGUACUUAAACCAGGAAGAAGAAAGGCAGUUAAGAGAGCAGUAUGAUGAGAAGCGUUCGCAGUCCAAUGGUGCAGGUGCUCUGUCCUACACGUCUCCGAACACUUCGAAGUGUCCCGUGACAAUUCCUGACGAUCAGAAGAAGUUUAUUGACCAAGUGGUAAAGAAAAUAGAAGAUUUAUUACAAAGUGAAGAGAACAAGAACUUGGAUUUAGAGCCAUGUACUGGGUUCCAAAGAAAACUGAUUUAUCAGACUUUGAGCUGGAAGUAUCCCAAAGGCAUUCAUGUUGAGACUUUAGAAACUGAAAAGAAAGAGCGAUAUAUUGUUAUCAGCAAAGUAGAUGAAGAAGAACGCAGAAGAAGAGAGCAGCAGAAACACGCUAAGGAACAGGAAGAACUGAAUGAUGCUGUGGGGUUUUCUAGAGUCAUUCAUGCCAUUGCUAAUUCGGGGAAGCUUGUCAUUGGACACAACAUGCUCUUGGAUGUCAUGCACACGGUUCAUCAGUUCUACUGCCCUCUGCCCGCGGACUUAAAUGAAUUUAAGGAGAUGACAACAUGUGUUUUCCCCAGGCUCUUGGAUACAAAAUUGAUGGCCAGCACACAACCUUUUAAGGAUAUCAUUAACAACACAUCCCUUGCAGAAUUGGAGAAGCGGUUAAAAGAGACACCUUUCAACCCUCCUAAAGUUGAAAGUGCAGAAGGCUUUCCAAGUUAUGACACGGCUUCUGAACAGCUCCACGAGGCAGGCUAUGAUGCUUAUAUCACAGGACUGUGUUUCAUCUCCAUGGCCAACUACCUAGGUUCUUUUCUUAGUCCUCCAAAGAGUCAUGUAUCUGCUAGAUCAAAACUCAUCGAACCUUUUUUUAACAAGUUAUUUCUUAUGAGAGUCAUGGAUAUCCCCUAUCUAAACUUGGAAGGACCAGACUUGCAGCCUAAGCGUGAUCAUGUCCUCCAUGUGACAUUCCCCAAAGAGUGGAAAACCAGCGACCUUUACCAGCUUUUCAGUGCCUUUGGUAACAUUCAGAUAUCCUGGAUUGAUGACACGUCAGCAUUUGUGUCUCUCAACCAGCCUGAACAGGUACCGAUUGCUGUCAAUACCAGCAAGUAUGCAGAGAGCUAUCGCAUCCAGACCUAUGCUGACUAUGUCGGGAAAAAACGUGAGGAGAAGCAGAUGAAGAGAAAGUGGACAGAAGAUAGUUGGAAGGAGGUUGAGCCAAAGCGGCUAAACACGCAGUGCGUCUCCUAUGGUUUGCAGAAUCACCAUUAUGCCAACAGUCUCACAGCCACCAGCACAGUAGGAAAGAGAAACCUGAGUCCCAGUCAAGCAGAAGCCGGCCUGGAGGCCCGAGUAUCGGGGGAGAUUUCUGACACUGAGCUUGAGCAGACAGAUCCCUGUGCAGAGCCUCUCUCAGAGGGGAGGAAAAAGGCCAAGAAACUAAAAAGGAUGAAGAAGGACCUUUCUCCGACAGGUUUCAUCUCAGACAGCUCGGCCAAGCUCUUCGAAGUCCCCGACACGUGGUAA